CCAACGAAGGUGGUGACCCAUCAACUUGUCCAUUUCUUAAAAAGUUAAUCCAAUGGUCAAAUUAGCUAAUCCAAUGGUCACUCAGGAUAUAAUUCAUCCUGUUGAUAAAACUGAUAAUAAUAACCUGUUCCAUUAUCAGAAGUUUUUCCAGGACAAGAUAUUGAUGAAGAAAAAGGAUCAUUCAUAUCGUGUUUUAAAAGUGGCUCGAUUUGCCGAUAAACCUCCUUUUGCUCAAGAAUUAUCAUCAAAUGAUAAACCGAUAACUGUUUGGUGCAGUAAUGAUUAUCUUGGAAUGACGAGUCACCCUAUGGUUCGUCAAGCGGUUAUUGAAACUGUUGGACAAUAUGGAUCAGGCUCGGGAACUCGAAAUAUCUCCGGUAAUACACCUUUACAUGAAGAAUUGGAAAAGAUGGCCUCUUUGCACCAAAAGGAAUCAGCGCUUUUGUUUACUUCUUGUUUUGUCGCCAACGAUUCAACUCUGUUCACUUUGGGUAAAUCGUUGCCAAAUUGUCAAAUUUUCUCUGAUGCUGGAAAUCAUGCAUCCAUGAUCCAAGGUAUUCGCAAUAGUGGAGCAAAUAAAUUCAUCUUUAAAUCAAAUGAUGUCGAUCAUUUGAAAAGACUUUUACAAUCGGUAGAUAAAAGUUUACCCAAAAUUGUGGCCUUUGAAACUGUCCAUUCGAUGACCGGUGAUAUUAGUCCGGUUGGUGAAAUGUGUGACAUCGCUCAUGAAUUUGGUGCAAUUACAUUUGUCGAUGAAGUUCAUGCGGUUGGAUUAUAUUGAAAUGAAAAAAA